CUACAAGAUGGCCCUAGUAGCCAAUCUCUGGAGCCAGAGGUAGCCAGCAUUUCCUUGAGGGAAGACCUUCUUUUCAAUAGCAAUAGGGAUGUCAACAGAAAAUCCCCUGAUGGUGAUUCUUACCAAGAAUGGAUAGCUGACGCUCUUGGGUUCUCAAACGAGCUGAAGAUCCCCCAAGGACAAAAGCAGAAUGCAGAGAGGGGGAAGAACCAUGGCUCCAUCGAGAUUGCGGGUCCACUUCUAUCUACCUCUACUUCUAAGGAAGUUAUACAAUUAUUGGCUUCCAGUAAACUUGAACAGGAAGCUCCCAGAACCAGACCUGCCACAAUAUUGACGGCAAAGGAUAUUCUCCAAGCUCCAGGAUUGAGAAACGACUUCUACUUGAAUUUGGUGAGUUGGUCAAAGAUGACUAACAAAGUUUUGGUCGGACUUGGAAGCCACUCAUAUUUAUGGGGAGUGGACAAUAAAGUGGAAGAAGUCAAUUGUAUUUCUAAAGAAACCAUCACAGCAGUAUCUUGUUCUGAUUCCGAGUUGGCAAUUAUAGCUACGUAUGGGGGCCAUAUAUAUUUGGUUGAUAUCGAACAUAACACUCUUCGUUCGACAUACUACAAUAAUGGGAAAUGUAUGUUUUGUUUUGCUUGGGUGCCAAACUCCCAGAUGUUUCUAGCAGGGGAUGAAGAUGGAGAAGUAUAUUCUUUUGAAAUAGACAAGAACAUGUUCUACGCAUUGAGUUUGAAGAACAAAGUCAAAUGCAAUCUGCAACAGAUAUGUGGAAUGGCCAUAAAUUGCCAAGGAACGGAGGUUGCUAUAGGUGGAAACGAUAAUCGUUGCUCGUUGUGGCAGCUUCUUCCCACUGCAGAAGUACAUUUACGAUUCAUUCUUCCACACAAUGCUGCUAUCAAGGCAAUAGCCUUUUGCCCGUGGACAAGUUCUCUAUUGGCUACUGGGGGAGGGAGUAAAGACAGAAAGAUUCGCUUCUGGCAUACAAAUAGUGGAACGUUGCUCAAGGAGUUCAGCACUAGUGGCCAGAUCACUUCACUAGUAUGGUCAAGUUUCCGCAAAGAAAUCACUGCUACGUUUGGGUUUGGCAGCGAGAAGAAGUCGUACCUAAUGCAAGUCUACUCAUAUCCCCUGAUGGCUACGCUUGUUGAAGUUCCAGCUACUCUUAACUUGAGAAUCCUUUCUUCCACACUCAGUCCAGACGGGACCUGUUUGUGUGUUGCAACCAAUGAUUCUACGAUUCGUAUUUACAAGCUCUGGGAGAAAACACACAAGUUGGUGAAGUCGCCCGAUUCGCUGGGGUAUGGAAGCUACGGGAGCUCACUUAUAGAUCUACAAGAAGGGGUGGUCAAGCGUGGUGAGACCAUCAGAUGA